AUUGAAAUUCACCCAUUCAGCUUACCAUUAAACUGCUUCCAAAAGAUUUAUUGGUUUUCUUAUACCAGCUUUUUUGCUAUUUUAUUCAUCAACUUUAUCCUCAAAUCCACCACCAAAGAAACCUCAAACUCCUUUUGAUAUUCUUUUUUAAAAAUUAUAUGUUGCUAAUAAUACUAAUAAUAUUACCAAGUUUUGAAGUGCCUUCUUUUUAAGCUUCGAGCAACAUUGUACAACUUUACAACUCAGAAUCCUUCAAGCCUGAAUUAAGAAUAUUGGAUUAAAAUUUCUUCAUUAAUAAUUAAAAACCUCUACAAUAUUCUUUCGAAUCUUUUCCAAACACAUUCGCUACCAUAACUAAAUAAUAUACAACAACUAUACCCAGCAAUAAUAAUAAUAAUAAUAAUAAUAAUAAUAAUAAUAUCAAUAAUACCAACAACGGCCAACAAAAAUUACAGUUUUUAUAAAAAUGGCCCUAAGCUUAAAAAAAAGAUUUAAUGAAUUACUAUAUUCUUUCAAAACCAAUGAUAGAUACUCUGAUUAUGAUGCCAAUCAGAAAGCAAGAAUUCCUACAUCAAAUCACCAAAGAGCAAACUCAACCCAAGAUAUAUUUAAAAGUUACAAUAUCAAUUUAAAUUCCAAUUUUAACGAUGCAUAUUCCCAACAAAGUUCAAAUUCUUCCUUUCGCAAAAGAAACAAUAGAAUCUCUUUACAAAAUUUUGAUGGCGAGGGAGUAUCUGAAUGUAUCCUAGCAUGGAGACAUAUUCAAUUAUGGACCUCAAAAAAUCAUCCUGAGCUUGACGAAACAUUAUCACCACCAGUUACAACUAAUGACAUUAUAAAAGCUCAAUCCGAUUUAAACAUCCAAUUUCCUCAAUCUCUUAUAACUUCUCUAAGGAUCCAUGAUGGCCAAGAUUUAUCUGGCUCCUUGGGCAAUGAAGCAGGUGGUUUAGUUUUUAAUUUACAAUUAUUAAAUCUUGAGAAAAUCGUUUCAAUGACUAAAACUUGGAGAAAAGUUAGUGAAAAAGUUAACAAUUUUAUUUUAACAAAAAAGAAAAACCAACAUUUACAAAAUUUAAAAUCCCCCGAAUUAACUUAUUCUUUAGAUUUCCAUAAAAGUUCCAUGUCAAAACAUGAUGGAAACGACUAUUUUCUUUUAGAUAACGACGAUUAUGAUGCAGAUUUACAAUCAGAUUCAUUAAAUCAAUUCAAACCGCAUCAUUCUAAAUCGAAAUCCCUGAAUUAUCCUACUCCCUAUACUUCUAAUACCCAAAUAUAUGGUCAUAGUAAACAAAACUCAACUUUUACCUCCCAUUCAAGAAAUUCUUCAACAAAUACCUCUGUGCUAUCUUUUGGUAAUGACUUGCUAUUAAAUAAAAAAUCAAAUCUUUUUUCUCAAGGAUCAAUACCCCCACAAUCAACACAACCUGUAUAUUGCCAUCGAGAUUGGGUUCCUUUAAUUUCUGAUAAUUGUGGAAAUCAAAUAGCUGUGGAUCUAUCCCCUGGUCCAAAGGGCAAAUGGGGUCAAGUAAUCAUAUUCGGUAGAGAUUUUGAUAUUAAAUUUGUGAUAGCUCCAACUUGGGGUGACUUUCUAUUAACCUUUGCAAAAGAUUUAGAAAAUAAAAAUUACAUUAUAACUCAUCCCGAUAAUAACCUAAUCGAUGACAUUUACUCAGGUGAGGGAGACUUAUUAUAUUAUGAUAAUACUUUAAAAAUGCAAAAAAACUAUCUUUAUGUUUUAAGAGAUAGAGCAUUGGAUGAUUGGAAAAAAAAAUCCACUUUUGACCAUUACAGCUCUUCAGUAUCAGAAUUGGAUAAAAAAUCAAAUCGAUCCUUCUCCCCUACCUCUCAAAGUCACCAAAGAAGACAUACUUACUCACAGCCUCAUUUAUCCACAAUAAAACAAGAACAAAAUUCAAAUUCAUUUGCCCAAAAUAUUAUACCAACAAUUAAGGAAAAAUCCUCAAUGGACUCUUUACCUACAAAUAAUUCAACAAUUGAUUCUUCUCAGUCUAACACAUUUUGUGAUUUAAAAGAUUUAAAUCAAUCAACUACAAGAAAUCGCUCUUCUUCAGAGUCAAGUGAAUCUUCAAUUGUGAUAACAAGAAUUGUUCAAGUUCCCGAGAAUAACGGUAAAAAUUUGAAUAACGAAGUUAUUAUAAUUGAUGACGAUCCUUAUGAAAACAUUGUUCUUUAAGUUCUUAUUCAUAUAUAUAUUUUUCUUUUGUUUAUUUCUUUCAAUUUUUUAUAACUAUGGUUAAAAGCAAUAUUUUUUUUUUCUUUUCUCUUUUCUCUUUUCUCUUUUCUCUUUUCAUUUCUAAUUUUUCAUUGAUUAUACAUACAUAUUCAUUUAUGGAUAUGCAUAUAUAUAGUUUUUUUCUAGAUAUCUAUCAUAAACUAUUUGGUGCAUCUUUUUAUUUAUUGUACUCUUUCAUCUAAUCUUUCAUUUUAUGCUACCAAAUAAUUCUUUGAGGUAAACCUGGCUCAGUAUCCC